GCGCCGCAUGUUGUACUCACAUUGCAGUCCGCUCCGAGAGAAACUCCUGCUCAGUAAAUAUUACUUCAGACGAUAUGACAACGCUAUGGAGGCUCGCUUUGGUAACAGUCCUACUGUUGAACACCGCAGCAGGUGACAUUGAUUACGAAGACAUCGUGGAACGCUUCAAAAGACAGCCAGAGCCAUCAGAAAUCUGCGAUUUUGGAAUGGACAACGAUUUGUUGUUCUGUGACUGGGCAAACCGCAACGGCAGUGCCACCCAGUGGUUCACAGGAGCAGGAACGCUUUCCAACUGGCUCGGUGGGCCGCCAACAGACGCCAGCACAGCUAGUGAAAAAGGUGGAUAUGUUUUCUUCGAGACGUCGGCCCUUGGACUUAUGGCUGACAUGAGAGGACAAAGCGCUUUUCUCGAGAGUCCUAUAAUGGGAUCUACUGGCGCUGACGGAAAGUGUGUCUCGUUUAGCUUCAUCAUCGACGGUCUGAGCGCAGCCGGGCUGCGAGUGCUCUUGCAUCCGGUCAGCGAGGAUGGCAGCCCAGAUGGCUUCGACCGUAUUCUGUGGAGUACCAAAGAUCCCACUGGCAACAACACGUGGCAGGAGGCAGAAGUCCUCUUCACGUACAGCAAAGAGCAGCGGGUUGUAUUCGAGGCGCUAGCAAGGGAGCCGACAGACACGUACCGCCAUUUCCGGGGCUACGUCGCUCUCGACAACGUCGCUCUGAAGCCAGGCACGGAAUGCAGAGGGCACUGCUCAUUCGAAGCAGGGUUCUGUGGCUGGACAAACGAUGAAGAAGAUGACUUUGACUGGACGCUGGGACGUGGGAGCCAUAACCCCGCCACAGGCCCAGCAUCGGACAGAACGAGCUUCGUUCACGGAGGCCUGGAGGGAGGCUACACCUUCAUCGAUUCUUCGUACCCGCGCAGACCUGGAGACGUAGCACGACUCACCAGCAUGGAAUUGCAGGAGACAGGGCCUGACUCUCCAAAAUGCCUUCGAUUUUGGACACACAUGUACGGGAAUGGUAUCGGAACGCUAAGUGUGAUUCUCAGCGACGCACGUGAGGGCCAAGAGAAACUGUUGUGGAGCCUGUCAGGUGAGGCGGGCAAUGCCUGGUAUCAGGCGGAAGUUCCCAUUUCGUCACUCAAUCCUUACAAGAUAAUAUUUGCUGGUAAAGUUGGUCGCAACAGCCUGGGUGACAUUGCUCUGGAUGACGUCUCGCUUACACCUGGCAGCUGUCCAACGACUCCACAAAUUGCUGCUGCUAUUCCCGGAGACUGUACUUUCGAAAUUGACGAGUGUGGCUGGAGCAACACAGGGGCUCGAGAUAACACGGACGAUAUCGACUGGGAGCGUGUGUCCGGACAAGCGACGCGAACCAACACGCAGGACCACACGCUUGGAACAGAAAAAGGCUUCUUGAUGACACUUGCAAGAAACAAUGUUUUGCGCCCCGGCAGUAGGGCGUGGUUUCUGUCGCCCGAGUAUAAGGGAAGUGAAAACGCACAGUGUCUUUCCUUUUGGUAUGUUUUGAACGAGCCUUUUAUAGAUAACACUGGUCCAAGCUUGGGAGCAUUAACUGUUUAUACGAGAACCAUGGACAAGUCUGGCACUACUACACUUCCAAUAUGGCGUCUAUAUAACCACCAAGGACCAGAAUGGCAUUAUGCACAAGCUCGUAUUCUGCAACCUAACAACUACAAUAUUAUUAUAGAAGGUACUUGGGGAUCAAGUAGAGCAAAUGGUUUUAUAGGCUUUGAUGACAUCACAUUAUUUGAUGGUGCUUGUUCAACAACUCCAGUACGUGCUACAGUUAGGAAAGGAGAAUGCAGAUUUGACAGAGAUACAUGUGAUUGGAUGAAUGACACAACUGAACGUGGUACUACAACUUGGCGACUAGCUACUGUAGCUCGACGACCAGCCAAUUUACCAGACAAAACGUUUGGUGCACCAGGUGGAUAUGUUUAUUUUGAUUUAUUCAACCAAAAUGCUGCUGCAAGUACAGUACGUCUAAUAUCUCCAGUGAUUGAGGCAACUGAUGAUCGGCAGCUGUGUUUCAGCUUUUGGUUUGCUGCAUUUGGCCAGGGUGAUAUGGCAGAACUAAGAGUGGUCAGACAGGAUAACAAUACUUCUGGAGAUUAUCCUCCUGAGAAGUUGUGGACACUAUCAGCAGGAGCAUUGGACACUACUAGAGCUGUAUGGACACCAGCACAGGUCACUGUGGAGGCUGCAUCAGAUUUUCGAAUUGUGCUGGAAGGGCAAGCAACAAAUGGCGGCUUUGCUGUAGAUGAGCUUACAUUUUCAGAUGGCUCGUGCAGCACACGACCUGACAUUGCAGAUACAAAGCUCCAAGAGAAUGAAAAUCUGUAAUCUGCUUUAGCCGGUCCAGUUUUAUGCACCUGCAUAAAAAUUAACUAUAAGACAAAAACAGAUGGUUCUUUGAGAAGAAUAUAAGACAUGUUCCAGAAAACACAUUGACAGUACUUCACAGAGGAUCCAGGAAUUACAACCAAGACUCUGCAAAUCAAAGCAGAUGCCAUCUGUAAAGAAGGUUGCUGUGAAAGAUGGUGAAUAAAAUUAGUGUGCAGACAAUGUCAUAUUUGUAACUCACUGAUGUUCUAUUAAACUAAUUUUAAUUGCAGAAUGUGGUGAUACCAAUACAGGAAGAUCCAUUCUUUGUGGGACCUUCAAAAUAAAGAGAAAUCAGUUGAGUUUGUCUAUAUUAGAGCAAUACUUUUCAUAUUCAGAUAUUUACAGCUAUAAGACGUAUUCAAAAUUUACUUCCCAAAACUUGUCUGCACAAGAUCAUUUUCCAUGAUCCUUCAUUCUAAUUGUGGUGUUUUUGUUAUAUUUCUCUACUUCAUUUCCUCAAACAUAUUCCCAAAAGACUAUGAAUGUAAAGAUGAACACUAAUUUACCUGUGAAAUUCAUACACUUAUUUUAAAUUUCAUAACUUGGAACAUGUUUCGUUUACUCAUAUCAUUCUCAUAUAAACUUUGAACUAAGAGACUGACUUCCAUGACAAGAAGUACCUAUAAAAUUUAUGUAAAAAAGUGUUUUCAGCUUCUAACUGUAUAGGUAUGAUAAUAAACAAUCGCAAAUAAGUACAGUACCCCACAUAAUACUAUGGUGCAUAGUAUCUUACACAAUAUCACAUACAGAAUUGCACAUACAACUUUGAUUAAUUACAUAAAGAAAUG